AUGGCUCCCAUCGACAACUGGUACGACCACAACAAAGCCUUCUGGGACGCAUACCACAUCGGCCGUCCAAACAUCCCCGACUCGUUCUUCAAUCGCAUCUACGACUACCACAAUUCUCACGCCGGGAAAUUCGAUCUAGUACACGAACCCGGCGCAGGCCUCGGGAUCCAUUCUUUACGUCUAGCCGAAAAGUUCUCUCGAGUCCUCAUCACAGACCCUAGUGACCAGAACAUCGAAAGUAUCAAGCAAAGACUCUCAUCACCACCCACGCAGCAGAAUCAUGGCGAAAACCUCGAAAUCCACAAAUCCAAACUAGAAGAUAUCCCAAUUACUCUCCCUCAAACAACCGGAACCGUCGACCUAAUUUUCUGCGCAACAAUGCUCCACUGGACCUCCAUCCUCCCGGCUAUGCAAUCCAUCUCCUCCCAACUCGUCUCACCAACCGGAACCUUCGUCGCCUUCAGCUGCGGAGCCUUACACCUAUACGAAAAAAAGAUCAACGAAAUCUGGAUCCCAAUCAUCCCCUCGGAAACCUCAAAAUUCUUCCGCAGAAAAUACAACGCUUGCUCGACAUCCCAAGAGAAAAAAGCGUUAAUAGAUUGGGCAAUAAUCGGUCGUUCAGCUUAUGAUUCCGUUCUUAUCGAUCCCGACCUCUUUACAGAUGUUCAACGUAUAAAAUUGAACUAUGAUACUCCGGGGUUUGAUUUGAGGACUGCAACGAUUGGGAAUUUCGUCGAUGAUAUUUUUCCUUUGGAUUUGGAGCCUUUUAGUGAGGUAAAGGAAGGGGAAGAUGUUGUGAGGGAAAUGUGUGCUGAGGGAUGGGAGUUUGAGGGGGGCAUUGAUGUUUUGAGAGCUGUGGCGGAGACUUUUCCUAUUGAGAAGGAGAGCGAGAAUUUUAGGACAAGGUGGGCGGAGUUGGAGAGUGUGGUAGGGGAUGGGAAGGUUAAGGGUGUUUGGCCGGUGAGUUUGAUUAUGGCGACGAGGAAGUAA